AUUAUUCAAUAUGUUUCCACUGACUGAGGAAAACAAAUGUGUAGCCUGGUUGUUGCUCAAUGCUGGCAGCUGUCCAAGAUGUAUCUUCAGAUUCUGUGGUGUAGAUUUUCAUGCGCCUUACAAACUUCCAUACAAGGAAUUGCUCAAUGAACUACAGAAAUUCCUGGAAACUGAAAAAGAUACAUUAAUUUUAGAAGUUCCAAACCCACCACUCAAGAAAAUUCGACUACAAGAAUUGGAAGAUGGGAUUGAUAAUCUGAGUCAAAAUGGAGAGGGAAGGAUUUCCGUUAUUGAAGAUGGAAGCAUUGCUUCCAAGAACUCAAAUUUAAAUGUAUGCAAUAUAUGCCUAGGAAUUCUUCAAGAAUUCUGUGAAAAAGAGUUCAUUAAAAAGGUGUGCCAGAAAGUUGAGGCCUCUGGGUUUGAAUUUACCAGCUUGGUACUUUCAGUCUCCUUCCCACCACAGCUAUCUGUAAGAGAGCAUGCCGCAUGGUUGCUGGUAAAACAGGAAAUGGGAAAGCAGAGUCUGUCUUUGGGAAGAAACGAUAUAGUUCAGCUAAAAGAAGCCUACAAAUGGAUAACUCACCCCCUGUUUUCGGAGGAACUGGGUGUUCCCAUUGAUGGAAAGAGCUUGUUUGAAGUGAGUGUGGUCUUUGCUCACCCAGAAACAGUUGAGGAUUGCCACUUCCUAGGUGAAAUAUGCCCAGAUUGCUUCAAGCCAGCUAGAAACAAACAGUCAGUAUUCACUAGAAUGGCAGUUAUGAAAGCUUUGAAUAAAAUAAAAGAAGAGGAUUUCCGCAAGCAGUUUCCUUGUCCUCCAAACUCACCAAAGGCUGUAUGCACUGUUCUUGAAAUUGAAUGUGCUCAUGGUGCUGUUUUUGUGGCUGGGAGAUAUAAUAAAUACUCCAGGAAUCUACCACAAACUCCUUGGAUAAUUGAUGGAGAAAGGAAGCUGGAGUCUUCAGUGGAAGAAUUAAUUUCAGAUCAUCUGUUGACAGUAUUUAAAGCAGAGAGUUUUAAUUUUUCAUCCUCUGGAAGAGAAGAUGUUGAUGUGAGAACAUUAGGAAAUGGAAGGCCCUUUGCAAUUGAGCUGGUGAAUCCUCAUAGAGUACAUUUCACUUCACAAGAAAUUAAGGAACUUCAGCAGAAAAUUAAUAACUCAUCUGACAAAAUCCAGGUUCGGGACUUGCAGCUUGUCACAAGAGAGGCAAUAGGACAUAUGAAAGAAGGUGAAGAAGAAAAGACCAAGACCUAUAGUGCCUUAAUAUGGACAAAUAAAGCAAUACAGAAGAAAGACAUUGAAUUUCUAAAUGACAUAAAGGACUUAAAGAUUGACCAGAAAACACCUCUCCGGGUCCUUCACCGGAGGCCCUUGGCUGUGCGAACUCGGAUCGUUCACACCAUGGACACACAGUAUGUGGACGAGCAUCAUUUUCGUCUCUGUCUGAAGACUCAAGCUGGGACCUACAUUAAAGAGUUUGUACACGGAGACUUUGGGAGAACCAAGCCGAACAUCGGCUCCCUGAUGAACGUGACCGCAGACAUUCUUGAACUGGAUGUUGAGUCUGUAGAUGUGGACUGGCCCCCUGCCCUCGAGGACUGACUUUCAAAUUUGAAGACAAAGAAUAGAGCUUUCCUGGCAUGAUGUGGACAUCCAUUCAGCACCCGAUGUAAAAUGGCUAUUUACUUACCAUAACGGUGUCUUGGAAACCAUUUGGAUCAUGUUGAUCUAUGUGUGAUUUUAAAUUAGUUGAUAACAUCUCAGGAUCUAUGUAU